GGCCCGGAAGUCAUUUGCACGUGACCUCUGGAGUCACGAAUGUGUACUGUUGUAGUAAUAUAUUAAUGUGUACCAUUCAGCCACAAUGAGCAGCUGCAGGAUAGCCUGUACAGGGAACUGGAGCUCCGGCUUGAAUGUCCUCUUUUCUGGGGUCAAAGCACGCCGCUGUUCGGGGUCGGCAGCGUCCCUGCGCCGGAGCCAGACCACCGCCGCCAAACACGCGUCAGGCCCGGACACAGGACACAAACCCCGCCUGAGAGCGAUAGACCUGGCGCGGAAGGUCCAGCAGGAGAGGACGAAGCAGCAGCCGGCCGAGCCUCCGGUGUCCGGCCAGCAGAGGAGAGUGACGGAGCUGAAGCGGUUCAGUCAGCAGCUACAAAACGUUCAUCCCAACGUGCUGGCAAAACACCUCCACAGAGGCGUGCUGUACCAGGACAAAGAUGUGGUUGUCAUCAACAAACCCUACGGUGUUCCUGUUAGAGAUGACUCAGGGGUCACAUCCAUCUCCUCGGUGCUUCCUAUUCUCUCCAAAAUGAUGGACGGGAUGAAGAUCAGGUCUAACUCUCAGCUGCUCCCCUGUCUGGGACUGGAGAAGGAGACAACAGGGGCUCUCCUGCUGGUGAGGAGAGAAGAAGCAGCGGAGCACAUUCUCAACCUCAAUAGAAACAACCAAGUGCAGAGAAAAUACUGGGUCGUGACAGUCGGUGUACCAGUGCCAUCUGAAGGAGUGAUUGACAUUCCCAUCAUAGAGAGAGAGGUCACAGGCUCUCAGCCGCACUACAAGAUGGCUUUGAGUCCUCUCUUCAAAAUGAACGAUGCAGGUGAUGGUUUAACUAAAGUCCGAGGCCAUCGGCAAGCCCAGUCAGCAGUGACCAGGUACAGGGUCCUGGACAGCAGCAGCGGCUGCAGCCUUGUGGAGCUCCAGCCGUUCACUGGAGCCAAACACCAGAUGAGGGUCCAUAUGGCGUUUGCUCUGGCAUGCCCCAUCCUCGGUGACCACAAAUAUUCACACUGGAGCAAACUGGCACCCCAGAAAUUACCAGAACGUGUGUUGGGAAACCUUGGACUGGAACAGAGCAAGAUCCGUUAUCUUCCUCUUCAUUUGCACUCUCGACAGCUGACGCUGCCAGGAACCAGUCAAGCAGACGUCAGUGUGUCCUGUCCCCUCCCUAAAUACUUCACACAAACACUGAGCAGACUGCAUUUAUCUCUUCCUGAUGAAAAAGACCAAAAAUAAAUUUGUGUCCAAAAGAAGUGUGCAUCAGUUGUGGAGGAUUUCAGACUGCGAUGUGACAACAAAGAGUAUAACCAUUUAAAUUAAAUGGGACGUUAAAUUAUAUUAAGGUGGGUCAUUGGAGAGAUGUUUUGUGAAAUUAUGCACAGAAAGCUGUGUGGAAAAUGGUGUGAAACGUGUAACAUGUUACUGUACAGUGCUAUACAGCUCAUUUUAGUAAUAAACAAAUGAAGCCAAACUGUA